UUGGUUUACUAUAGAACCAGUUGUUCUUCAUCCAGAUGAGGACAGGAAGGGCCCCCCUGUGGACACAGCUCUGUUCAUUCUUAGAGACAAACCUGACUCUGCUGGCCACAGACUGGUCACUUUUACAGAGCAGAGAGAUACCAAAGGGAAAUACUGUGUGCGAUGUGAUUUGAAAAAAGGCAAGUAUAGUUUACUGCCUUUCACUACUGGAUGCAGGCUGAGGAAGAGGAAAACUGCCCCCAAAGCAGAGACCAAACUGAUCAGGAAGGACCCGGAUGACAAAUAUGUGUUGACCAAAGCAUUUAGGGAUGUUCUGUCUGACAUAUUUGAAAUGGCUGAUCUGGAUGGAAAUGGAUUGCUAAGUCGGAGUGAGUUCAACUUGUAUAACGUGAGGACAAGUGGUGAGGAGGUGGCUGACGAGGAGUGGGAGGUGGUGGAAGACAAUGUUGAAAUCAAGAAAGGAGAACUUACCAGAAAAGGCUUUGUUGAUCUCAACCAGAUGGAAGCAGAUGACAACGAGGGUGAUACGGAGGACUUGUGGGUAACCUUGCAGAGCAUGGGAUACAACAAGGAGUUAAUUUUGGAUGAGGCGUGUCCCUUUUUGAUGGAAGUCUACACAGAGGACUGCUCAGAUGCAGAGCUCAGAGUGACUGGUAUCAAAGAUGGAGGUUCUGCAUUAGAUUCAGCUGUCUGUCAAUCUGUUGUCAGCAAGGUAGGUUGAUACUAGUACCCGUCU